CGGAUAUCCGGGGGCCAAAACACUGCAGCCAGGUCAAGCUGGUUGUUUUCAAAACGUUUCAAGGAAUAUUUUCUGAAUUUUUAUUUCCAAAAGAUUGCAAGAUUGACUGUGAUAAAUGGAGUCUACAGGAUCGGAGUGGAAGAACUGGGAGAUUGGAGAGAAUGAUUCAUUGCUGGAGUCAUUCCAGAAACAGGAAGAUAUUGCUAGUGUUGUGUCUGGAGAAGGAGGCAAGUCAGACACCAUGUAUGACAGUGGAAACAACAUUGAGGGUGAGGAUUCCAACUUCCAGUUUGACAGCAUGGAGGACAGUGAGGAAUCUGAAUCCAAUGAAGAGGAGGAGGAAGAUUCAAGCCAGGUGAUAGUGGACCAGAGCCCUUACCGCUUCAUGAACGGCACUGACGGCAUGUCUACUUGUGAGAGAUGUGGCAAUGUUGGCAUUAAACAUGCAUUCUACUCGAAGGCCAAGCGUUUCUGUUCUCUUGCCUGUUCUAGAGCUGCAGCUAAUGGAGAGGAAUUUGUUCCUGUCAAACCCCUGGCUAUUCCUAAAAAGCAAAUUCCUAAGAAGCGGAAAUCAGGAAAGUUCAUCAGACAAAGGACCAAGUCGACAAGCAGCAGACAGAGUGUUGUGCGAAGCUUUGACUGGGGCUCCUACAUUGUGGGUAGCCACGCUGAAGGAUGUCCUGUCAGCUGUUUUAAACAUGUGCCAGUGUCUGAUGUUUGGGAAAAUGUAAGCAUCGGGAUGAAGGUGGAGGUACAGAACCUGGACUGUGAUCUUACAAACACUGUCUACUGGAUUGCAACUGUCAUGAAGCUUGCAGGUUACAAAGCCUUGCUCCGGUAUGAAGGUUUUGGCAAUGAUGGUCAGAAGGAUUUCUGGGUGAACGUGUGUCACAAAGAGGUCCACCCGGUCGGCUGGUGUGCUACCAGUGGCCAGCCCCUUGUUCCACCUAAAACCAUACAGCACAAGUAUGCAGACUGGAAGGACUACCUGGUGAAGAGACUGACUGGUUCCCGUACUUUGCCCAGCAACUUCUACAGCAAGGUUCAGGAAGGGAUUAACAACCACCGCUUCGUUAAGGGCACCCAUGUUGAGGUGGUCAAUCGUAUGUGUGUCUCUGCCAUGAGGGUCGCUACUGUGGAAGAAGUUAUUGGAGGACGGCUCAGACUACGAUAUGAAGAUGCAAAGGAGGAGGGUGAUGAGUUCUGGUGUCACAUGCGGUCGGCGCUGCUCCACCCGGUGGGCUGGUCUCAGCAGUCAGGACACAAGCUUCACUCGAGCCAGGAGUACAGGUCUCAGUGUCUCGGCAAAAUCACCAUGCAGAAGUAUGACAUCAAGGAUGCAACACCUGACAUGUUCAUGACUAUGAAGAGCCCUCCAGAGGGCUACAAAUUCCAGGUUGGCAUGAAGCUGGAGGCCAUAGACCCCCUCAAUCUCUCUGCCAUCUGUGUAGCCACAGUCAUGAAGGUACUGAAAAACAACUGCCUUAUGAUAGGGAUAGAUGGCUCCAUUGCCCAGAACGGCUCUGACUGGUUCUGUUACCACGCCACCUCCCCAUGCAUCUUUCCCGUUGGCUUCUGUGAGGUGAAUGGGCUCCUUCUGACCCCACCCCGCCAUCAUGAGGGGCCAUUCAAGUGGUUUGACUACCUGAAACACACCCGUAGUGUUGCUGCCCCUGUCAAACUGUUUGAUAAGGAGAUUCCAAAGCAUGGUUUCAAGGCCGGUAUGAAACUAGAAGCAGUUGACCUGAUGGAACCUAGGCUCAUAUGUGUGGCCACUGUAGCGAAGGUGGUGGGCCGCCUCCUCCGGAUCCACUUUGAUGGUUGGGAGUCUGAGUAUGACCAGUGGGUUGACUGUGAGUCCCCGGACCUCUACCCCAUUGGCUGGUGUGAGAUGAUAGGAUACCCGGUGGAGGGACCCAGACUGAAAACUGAGGUACCGAACGCCGUGCAGCCGUCGCAGGUCCACUCCAAAAAGAGAAAGGGCAAGACACAGAUCUACAAGGGUCCUCGUAAGAAGAGAAAGCCGAAGACCCCCCUAUCCCCUCCAUCAACCGUGAAGUCCAUGUCGUCCCAGCUGGACUUGAUGAGACUCCGCCUGCUGAACACGCGGCCAGAAGAGGUGACAGAGAGGCCUCAGGAAGUUCCUCAAUUCUCUGAUAUGCAUUCAGACUCAAAAACAGCCAACAUCACUGUGAAAACAGAACCGAUGGACACCGGUUACCAGCAUGUGCCAACAGUGGACAGAGUCCAGUCUCCGGCUGUUCUGUCCCUCCCUCCCCAGUAUGUCACCAACACCACACAAAAGCCAAACCCAGCCCCUCUACUCACGCUGAGAUCUCCAGCAACCACUGCAAUCAUCCGAACAUCGAAUGCUUCACCAAACGCAAGCGUGGCAACCAAAAGUGCUUUGCUUGAGAGGAUCACCUCUACAAGUAACCCUACUUCAUCGCCAAGCAUUCUACAAAACAGCACUCUUGCUGGCCAUCUAACUGGUGCAAUACCAAUAUCCCGAAACUCUGCCUUGGUGCCCACUUCCAACACCCCAGCAGGGGGUCAAGUCAUGGGUACCGCACGACAAACUGGUUCUGAGCUGCCACAGACACUGUAUCUGACACAGCGUCACCAGACUGUUGCACCGGAAAACUGGACUGUGGUUGAUGUGUGUCAUUUUCUGAAGUACAACGACUGCAGCUCUUACGUAGAAAUCUUUCAUAGAAAAAACAUCAACGGUGAAGUAUUCAUCAACCUUUCAAAGGAAGCCAUUGUUGGCCUCACAGGGAUGAAGGUCGGCUCCUCUCUCAAGGUGUACGAUCUCAUUCAGGUUCUCAAGAGUAAGAUGGCCGCACAGAAACUCCUCUCCGUACAUCGCUCCUAGCAGCAAAGCUCGUCAGCAGGGAUCAAGCUAGGAUGAAAAGAAUGAUCUACGCAUAAUGCAAUACAAUUCAAAGCCAUUAUUUCUACUUAUGGUGCAAGGAUAAACUGUUCUGUCAGUAUCAGAAUGGAGAAUGUUCAAUUGACACUUAGACAAAAGAAAAAACAGGGUUUGAUGGCAAAUCAACUCUUUCUAGUAUAGUUAAAAAAUCUCUGUUUUAUAACUGGGAGUAAUUUUCACUUGCUUAUGAGACAAUAAUCAUCAUCGCUCUUGCUUGAUCAUACUUGUUCAUCAUUCUACACCAGUAUUACCUAAAACAUGUUAUAGACUUUGUGGCAUUAUACAUUGGCAGUCUAUUCUCUUGACUACAGAUUUUUCCAGAAGUAUUUUUGUUGAUGCAAAAUUUAAUUUAACAAAUACACUUUUGGUUACACUCUGUUGUUGUUUGAGAUUCUGUUUUGCCAUUUGCCCUUAAAAAUAAACAUUUGGCCAAUUGUUCAAAACCAUGUCAUCAUUAGGGUUGUUAACUUUUAAAUAUUUACGGCCCUGAAAGUGUCAUGGAUACACUUAUGAUCUGCAGUAUUUGUAACAAGAUUUCAGGCAAUGUUUCAGCUGUAUGUAUAAAAUAUUUAAUGGUUAAAAGUUAACAAUGAUGAUGAUGAUGAUGAUGAUGAUGAUGAUGAUGAUGAUAUUGUUAACUUGAAUAAAGUCCUGAAUAAUUGGCCUUAUAUAAUUAUGCAUACAUGUGCUGUAACAGCCAAGUGUUCAAUUGUUGGUUAUAUAGUUAUUUGUUUCCAUUGUUCUUUAUAUUUAAUCAUGAGAAGUAUUUUGGUAGUUAAGUGUAUGUAAGAAAUGUUACUUGUCCCUGUAAAGGCAAGCUUGUUUAUAAUACAUGUAAAUUGAUCUCUGAAUCCUGAGGGCACUAGAAAUAGAGACCACACAAGAUGGAGUUAGGUGCCAGCAGAAAGCCAGAAACCAUCAGCUUUAUGCUUUGGUAACAAAACAUUGUAUUACAUGCAUGUACAUCUUUAAAAGUUAAAUUAUGUAAUUAACACAGUCUUUAAGAUGCACUCUCACAGAUAAGACCAUUUUAUCAUAUAUUUUUUGUCUUUGAAUGAGCCAAUUUUUGUGUGAAUGUCAGGAAACCAGUGAUACAAGACUGCUGACAAAAAAUCAGAUCACAGUUGUUCAUAUUUACGGUGAAAAAUUGAUGCAUUAUAUUGGCUCAUUCCAAGACGAAUCAAAACGGUCAAUCUGUGAGAGUGCAGCUUUAACAUAGAUUUCCUGAAGAGCAAAUGAAAGAAAAUGGACAAGUUUGAACAUAUUAAUGCACUGUUUUUUUCAAUUCAUGUACCUCUCAUCAAUUUAACAAAACAUGAAUUCUUGAACAAUGAGAUACAAGUAUGUUGUGUGUAGGAUGUUGGCACUGAACUCUGUUGUGUGGGUAGAAAGUUUUGUAACUGUUUCUUGUUAGAUGUUUUUCAAGUGAUCUCAUCCUAUCUACAAAAAUAGAUAGCUUGUAAAUAGAUGUAUGUACACUGUAUAGACAACAAAUAAUGUUUGUUACUUUUUCUUUAAUUGCUUUUGUUUCCUGCUUAAAACUGAUAUGCUCUGCAACAAUAUUCUCAUAAUUUAAAGAAUUGGGAAAUGUUCUUUUCUCACUUAAUUAUCUGGAAAUGACCAACAAUAACCCAGUUUUAUUAUUGUUGUUUAUGAUGUUUAUGUUUUUGUUUUUUUUGUUGUAGGUAUUUUUUACAACUGUAGUAUAAUGGUGCAUUUGUUCUCAUAUUGCAUUGAUAUUCAAAGGCAGCUAUCAUGUGUUUAUGUUCUUGUUAAUGAGGCAUUGUAAUGACUAAGCAAUCGAGGGCUUGGAGACUCACUGACAUUACUCCUAUUCUUUAUAUGGAGUUAUUACUAUCUUGACUGAGCCCUCAAUAGAGUGCUUUUGCAGUAAAAUGCUUGUCAAUUGUCAAUUAUUGCCAUAAAGACUUCUACUUGAUUGCUUCUUUGAAAGUAACUUUGUUUCUUUGAAAGUAACUUUGUUUAUUUUAUACAUGUAUAUCCGAGGAUAGUACUAUUUACAUUCUUACACUAUUUUUAUGAUAAUCACGAUGAUCUGAUUUUCAUAUAGUGAAAUCCAGAUUAAGUUAAAAAUUGGGCUGAAUGAAAUAAGGUACUAAAGCUAGUUAUACCGUACUUUAAAACCUUCUAAAAAUUGGUGCCCGAGUUCCUCGACAUUUUGAUUUUUGGUGUGUUAUAAUCUGUGUACAAAUCUAACGCGAUAUUUUUAUCACACUAAGGCAAUGGACUUGUCUUUUUAUGAGUAAGUUACAAAAUAAUUCUAAAGUUUAACAAACCCUGCAUUAGUGACUUGACCUAAUCCAGGCUAAUUUGCUGUUCAUGUCAUUAGUAACCAGUGACGAAAAUAUCGCACACAUUUUAUUUGAAAGAUUAUAAUAGCAUGUAAACCUUCUUGAUUUUUAUUUAUGAUGCAUGGCUUUAUUGUACAUGUAUUACUGCACUUGUUUGGGGAUACAUUGCAGCAUUAUGUUGUUCAGUAAAAAAUGUUUGUACCCCUUGC